CUUCCUUGUCUUCUUCUUCUCGGCCACCGAGUGUCUCCAGCAGUCUCUUUCUUCGGGGCGUCUGUAUGGUUCUGGCGAUCGCUCCAAAUUUCUCUGUUUGGCUUGCGUGGGGUAUCGUCGGUCGCGGCGCUUUGGAGAGUUCCAGAGGGGUUAUCAGGGAGCAGCAGUUGGUUUUUGAGCCAGGGAAAGGGGUUUUUGAAGCCAAGAAAGUGGGAUUUAGGCUUCCUCUGAAGUGAGGUUGGAGUGGUUUUCUUGAUUUGGGAUUGUUUUUGAGAGUGAGGAAGGGGAGAUUUUAGGUUACGGGAGUUGGAGUUUCAGGUAUUUAGAGGAUCGGAUUGUCGGUUUUGAGGGCUUGAAUUGGGGUGGGGAGGAGCAGAGAAGAGGGGAUCAUUAGUGUGGAGUUUACAGUAGGAAGAGUGGUGGGGGAAUUUUUGGAAGGAGACCUAUGCUGGCAGCAAUUGCACCCGCCGCUAUAAGGCGAGUGAAUGGGUUGAGAAGAGUAGUGCCCCUCCCCUGUGUCAGGGAAUGGAGCUCCCAGGGGUUACAGAGGGCGGACCGAGCGCCUCUGUUAGUGCUUUGGGACUCGAUGGUGCCGCGGUCGCGUGCCACAGCGAGUCCCUUGUGGUCUCGCUUUUUGUCCUCGUCGGCUUCGGGGUCGGGACAUGGUGAAGGCUCCGAUGGAUCAGGGAAGGAUGGGAAGGAAGGGGAAGGUGGCAUUCUGGAUGCAGCGCGUGAAGAUGGAGCUUUGAAAGAGGAGUCCGGUGAGAAUGAGGUAGUCGGAGAGACUGGGAAAACCGAAGUGAGUGGUGAGAAGUUGAAAGAGCCCAGAGAUGAUCCGAAAGAGAGUACUGGAGAGAAAGAGGGUAGCGGCGCAGCGGAGUUGAAUAAUAGAUCUCAACAUGGUGCCAUUGUUCCUGCUCUAGGCCCUCGGCCUGACCGGGUGGUAGCUGUUCCAUUAACAAGGAGGCCAUUAUUUCCCGGAUUCUAUGUCCCCGUGUCUAUCAAGGAUCAAAAGCUUGCAGAUAAGCUUUCGGAGUUAAAAUCUGCUGGAACACCCUGGGUUGGAACAUUCUUGCUUAAAGAUCAGAAAGCUAGAACAGAUGGCUCUCAGGUGUUGUCUACAGCUGAGGGGGGAGAAGGCGAAAUACUUCGUGGAGAAGAGCUUUUCAAACGGCUUCAUGAAUACGGCACAUUUGCACAGAUAACAAAUGUGAUGAGACCUCUUGAUGGAGAAGGUGCUACUCAAAUUCUUCUCAUGGGGCAUCGUCGUCUUCGAAUUACUGGCAUGCUGGAUACUGAGCCGCUGUCAGUGGGCGUCGACCAUCUUAGAGAUAAACCUUAUGAUUCAACUCAAGAUGAAUUAAAAGCCACUAUCCUGGAAGUUGUCACAACGAUGAAGGACCUUAUGAGGCUAAACCCUCUGUAUAAGGAACACAUUCAGAUGUUUGUGCAGCACAUGGGCGAAUUUAAUGCCUCAAAAUUGGCAGACUUCGGAGCUGCGCUUACAACUGCAGAUGAGCCCGUGUUGCAAGAGGUUCUUGAAGAGCUCGAUGUUCUGAGACGAUUACAUUUGACGCUUGUUCUGCUAAAGAAAGAGUUCGAACUUAGCAAGCUUCAGCAAUCGAUCGCAAAAGGAGUAGAGGAGAAAAUGACCGGGGAUCAGCGGAAGUAUUUCUUGAUGGAGCAGUUGAAAGCCAUCAAAAAGGAGCUGGGAUUGGAGACUGAUGACAAAACGGCACUGACAGCCAAGUUCCGGGAGAGAUUGGAGCCGCGUCGAAAAGACUGUCCUCCUCAUGUCCUGCAAGUGAUUGAUGAAGAGUUAAACAAGCUGCAAGGACUAGAGUCUAGUUCCAGCGAAUUCAAUGUUACUCGCAAUUAUCUUGAUUGGCUCACGUCUUUACCAUGGGGUCAUUUCAGUGAGGAGAAUUUUGAUGUCAACCGAGCACAGAAGAUUUUAGAUGAGGAGCACUACGGCCUGGAGGAUGUGAAGGAGCGCAUUCUUGAAUUUAUAGCUGUUGGUCGAUUACGAGGGAAAACUCAAGGGAAAAUUAUCUGUUUAGCAGGGCCACCAGGUGUUGGCAAGACGAGCAUUGGGCGGUCCAUAGCCCAUGCUCUCAAUCGUCAAUUCUACAGAUUCUCUGUUGGAGGAUUGGGUGAUGUUGCUGAGAUCAAGGGGCAUCGUCGAACAUAUGUUGGAGCUAUGCCCGGGAAGAUGGUACAGUGUCUGAAAGCUACUGGUACUUCUAAUCCGUUGGUGUUGAUUGAUGAAAUCGACAAGCUGGGGCGUGGGCAUUCUGGAGAUCCUGCCAGUGCACUUCUGGAGCUUUUAGAUCCUGAACAAAAUGCCAACUUUUUGGAUCAUUAUCUUGAUGUACCAAUUGAUUUGUCAAAGGUUCUUUUCGUAUGUACUGCCAAUCUAGUGGAAAAUAUUCCAGGUCCUCUAUUGGACCGAAUGGAAGUUAUCCGCCUUGUGGGCUACAUUACUGCUGAAAAAACUCAUAUAGCCCGUGGAUAUUUAGAGAAAGCAGCACGUGAAGGUUCAGGUGUCGAGGCUGAGCAGGUGGACUUGAGUGAUGGAGCAUUACAUACGCUGAUUGAAACGUACUGUCGGGAAGCCGGAGUACGAAAUCUUCAGAAACACAUAGAGAGGAUAUAUCGCAAGGUUGCUUUGAAACUGGUUAGGAAGGAAUUGGAAGCACUAGGUACAGGUAAGGAGGUACCUCUCACAAUUGAAGAAGUGCCAGUUCUCACUGGAACUGCGACUGAAAUGGAACAGGAAGGAAGCGCUGAGAAGACAAGCUCGGAUGUUGUACUAGUUGAGGAGCCCAAGGACGUGAAGGAAGAUGGUCCAGUUGAACCAGUGGAGAAGCUGCUUAUUAAUGAAACCAAUCUUCCUGACUAUGUGGGUCCUCCAAUUUUCCAAAGUGAUCGUCUCUAUGAGCAGACUCCUGUGGGUGUUGUGAUGGGGCUAGCUUGGACAGCUAUGGGAGGAUCCACGUUGUAUGUAGAAACGAGCCUAGUAGAGCAGGGGGAAGGAAAAGGUACACUACAAAUGACGGGACAAUUGGGAGAUGUAAUGAAGGAAAGUGCAUCAAUUGCCCACACACUUGCUCGUCAAAUUUUGAGGGAAAAAGAACCAGAAAACAACUUUUUUGCCAAUUCAAGGAUGCAUCUACAUGUUCCCGCUGGGGCCACCCCAAAGGACGGACCUAGUGCAGGAUGCACUAUGAUUACAUCGAUGCUCUCUCUGGCUAUGAAUAUGCCUGUGAAGAAUGAUGUAGCAAUGACAGGCGAAGUUACUCUAACAGGACGUGUUUUACCAAUUGGAGGGGUCAAGGAGAAGACUGUUGCAGCAAGAAGAAGUGGGGUCAAGAUGGUAAUCUUCCCGUCUGGAAAUAAACGAGAUUAUCUCGAGCUUCCAGCUCAUGUGAAGGAGGGUCUAGAAGUUCAUUUUGUAGAUCAUUAUAGUGAAAUCUUCACUCUCGCUUUUGAUGUCAAACCAGAGUCGGAGAAACAAUUGACUCCCAUUGAAUCUACUGUAGUGUCACAAAAUGACCCAGGAGUACUUUUACAUUCAUAGUGAAGAGAGCAGUAUACGCUUACAUCUCUGUAAUCCCUGUUAACUUGGGGACGACAUCUCUAAAUUUCUUUUGAGGUUUCUAGUAAACUCUCAGUUCAGUAAUUCUACGCUCA